UGUGCCUAAGCCAGGAUUGAAGGUGAAUCCAAUUUAGAAAAACACCCCUGAUGAACAAGGCAUGAAGCAAAGAGGAAAAUUUGCGUGGCUGCUUUGAUGCAUGGUGGCACAGCAGUGUGGGGACCAUCUCCAGGUGGCCGCUGACGGGACUUAGGAUCACUCGUUAUAAAAGGGAAGUCUUGACUCCGCCCUGAGCAGUGGAGCUGGCCAUCCUUGAGGAUUGCAGGAGCUGUUUAGACCAGGGAAAAUCUGGUUUUAGCACAGGAGGCAACUGAAGUAGCUUGUGAAUGUAAACACCUUGGGAUCUAUCAUUAAAAAAGGCAAAAAAUCCAUCUUCUGAACUCCGCUGCAGCUAGAGAGGAGCCUGAGGAAAGCAGAGGAGAUAAGAGCUUGACGUUUACAUGGUGAAGGACGGCUUGUGACAUUGAACUAGAAAUUUGACCUCAAGAUGACUGUGGAGGAUCUGCGGGCUUCGGGCACCCCUUUCUCGCUAUCCUUUUCAGGCAGUGGCUUUCUUGCCCUGUACCAGGUUGGGGUGGUGCAGUCCCUCCUGGAGCUGGCUCCCAAGCUGCUCAAAUCCGCCUGCAAGGUCUAUGGCUCAUCCGCCGGCUCACUCAUCGCUGCCGCUGUUGUGUGUGGCAUCAGCCUCGAUGACCUAAAGGAAUUUUUCUUUGCAACUGCCAAGGAAGCCAGGAAAACCAUCCUGGGCCCUCUCUCUCCCAAGUGCAGCUUGCUGGCAAAUAUCAGGGCUGUUUUGCAGCGGAGGCUGCCAGAGGACUCCUACCAGGUGGCUUCGGGGCGGCUGCACAUCUCACUCACGCGGGUAGUGGACGGCCAAAACGUCAUGGUCUCUGAGUUCAGCUCGAAGGAGGAGCUCAUUCAGGCUCUCAUCUGCAGCUGCUUUCUUCCUAUCUACUGUGGGUUCAUCCCUCCAUCCUACCGAGGUGUGCGAUACGUUGAUGGAGGAUUCACAGGUCUGCAGCCUGUCUCCAGCUUGGAGGAAGCCGUGAUCACUGUGUCCCCAUUCACGGGAGAGCUCGAUAUCUGUCCACGGGACUGUCCCGCCAUCUUCUACUGUUUCCAGAUCUUUAAUGGCAGCAUUCAGAUCUCGGUAGAAAACCUGUGCAGGAUCAGCUAUGCCCUCUUUCCGCCUAGCACCAUGAUCUUGAACGACAUUUUUUCCCAAGGGUACCAGGACACUGCCCUUUUCCUGUGCAGGAACAAUGCCUUUGGCUUUAACUACGUUGACGGCAAUUUCCGCUUUGCCAGCAUGUGUGGGAAGAGCGACUUUCCGCAGCCCAACGGGAUGUUGAACAGCCUGGGCAAAUGGGUGCCACAGUACCUGGCGCCACACUUCCUUCCAGGAGCAGGCCUGGCUCGGUGGAAGAAGCAGGAGAUGUUCAGACUGCAGGAUCCACUGUCAAAGGUCCUCUUGCAGCCAUACAAGCUGCCGGCUUUUGUCAAGAAGGGGUUGAAGCAGCUGUGGAAGCUGCUGGAAGACAUCGUCUCCCUGGCAAAACAGUUCCAGAAGCUCCUCCAAACUGUGGUGCCUGGCUUGCCUAAGAGAGCCAUGGCCAGGGGGUAACCAUCCCGGAUGGGCCCUGGGGUUUUCCAACGCCAAGUAGUUUUCCAUCCCAGGAAGCAGUGGGUGACACCAGAGAUCAUUUCACACGGCUGCGUGGCUGCUGUCUGUGGAGUUUUACAGGAAUGGCUUUUUCACUUGGGGAAAUGGGCUGAUUUUGUUUCUAGAGUUAUUGCUGCAGUCUCCCCAUCCAGGCCUGACCAGCUUUAACAUGAUGGCCAAGGAAAAGCACCGCAGUGCUGCAUCUGCAGCCAAACCACAGGCUGCACAGGAGGGAUCCAGCAUCUUUACUUGCAUGCAUGUAUGACCCAGCCACUGUUUUACCUAGCCACUGACCACCAGAAGCAUCCCUCUCCCUUCUUUAAUCCAGAUUGCAGGACAGGCAUUUGCCAGGAAAUGUUACAUUUUAAACGUGUCAAAAACUUUCAAAGUGAAACACAGAUGGGAAGGCAUUAGGGAGCAUAGCACUGGGCAUGAAUUCAUUUUUAUCUCGCUUCCUGAAAUUAUUUUACCAACUACCUACUCUUGAGCUCCAAAUGCACUUGGAGGCCUGCUUUUCCUGCCAGUGGAUGUAGGGGCACCUUUGGACCACACUGAAUUUGCAUCAAUUAAGAAGGAAGGAUGGAGAAGCCUAAAGAUUAACCCUUCUCCUUCUUCAAAGCAUUGCAGUCCUGGAGACUGUAUCUAUUACACAGGGAGAGCUGACAUUUCACAAAUACAUUAGUUCUUUUCAUCAUUCUGUCAUUUGCUGAUACAAGCAGUGUACAAUCUAGGCAAACACACCUCUUGUUGCUCAUCUGUAAGUAGAAAAAAAUGGCAGCACUCUUAUUCCAAACACCUUUUGCUCAUCAGAUGCUGAUGGAUUGGCUGUAUCCCCAACCAAGUCUCCCGCAUUUGUUGGUUCCUGAUGGGCAGUAAACAGCACAACAGCACAAGCUGUUUAUUUGAAUAAACAGCUUGUUUAAUUGCACAAAGGGAAAUAGUAUAGAUGGAAGUUUCAUACAAAUAGCUCUGGGGACUGCAUGCUUGAGAGUGGGAUAGCUGAAAGCUGCACUGAUAUAAACAGAUUCAAAGCUAACUAUGACUGCUCAGUCAAAGAUUAAUAUAAUUACAUUCUGCUAUCUCUGCUUGAAAUCAAUGACCUGGAAAUACUCUCUCUGCAAUGUGCACCUUUGAGCUUGCUAAAAGAAACCUUGGUGCUUGUUUUCGUUGGAUCCAUCAAAACCUGUUCCUAUCUCCCUUCCAUACUGGACAGAUUUAUAUAACUCAAGCCCCUCAGCUAAAGCUGGGAUGCUCAAAACCAGCUCAUGAACUAUGACUAUCUACCCUGCCACAGGUCAAAGUGGAGGUGGGACAGAGACACACACCACUCUCAGGCAGGAGCAGGGCUGGUCAACCUGUCAUCUGCUUUACCUUAUACUGCACUUCUGCCUUCCCUUGCAGGCAGACAGCCCCACUGUGCAACAGCUUUUCUACCAGGCUCCUGGUCUCUCUAGCAAGUACCACCACCCUUUAGCAGGAUAGGGCCAUUUCAGUCAGCCUCAGACAGUUACAGUAUCUCUCAAAUGGGAAUUAAAAUCCCCCAAAGAAAACUGUCAUACAAGAACUGGAUAUCCAAAUCCACUAAGUUUGUCUGCAAAUCUCAGCCACAGAACAGGAGCAUAGCUUGAACUACCAAGUGCAUCUCACCUGCCCCAGUUACGUGGUAUGGUGCUUCAUCAAACAAAGCUAGCAAAACUUCAGGAAUUUUCUUUUAACAAAAAACAGCCUACAGGGAACACCUAAAACAGAACUCCCAUACCACAAGCCUGCAGAGGUGUGUUAGGACCUAAGUAUUUAGUGACUCAUCAUACAUAUCAGCUGCUUUACGCUUUAUUAAGCCUUCAUCUUUUCAAGCAAGCACAUCUGGUGCUGUCUGCUCUGCACAAGCUUGGGGCUAAUGGCACAAAGGAAUCUUUGCAAGGGGCAGAGGCAAAGUUUGACAUUUCUUUGAAUCAUCUCAUGCAGGAGCUUGUUUCGACCCUGGCAAUACAAGCUGGGAAAGCCAGAUGCACCCCCUUCAAACCAUGCAGUAGAUUAUGUAUUUCUCCUCAAACAGCUCUGUUAAGGUAGGGUAAUGAGGCCUGGGGCUAUAGGAAGAGUGCUGUGGCCCAGCCUGUGCUGGUGACAUUGUUGCCAGUGUGCUCUUCAAUGCAUCUGGGUGUGUGUCAGCAGGCUGGGUUGCAAGUUGCACUUUUCUCUUUAAAACAUAAACCGGGGUCAAAGGUAGCAGAUGUAUUAGGAACAAUCUUCUGUAGCUGGCAAAUCCCUAAAGGGAGUAAAACCACAUUGGUCAAUUUGACUGACUCUUCUGACCCUUCUGUGACAAACUGGAUUCAAAUACCUGAUAGGGCUGCUUCCUUCCCUCCUGUUAUCUCCAAUGUAAUAGGAUAAGCAUGUUUUGAAAUCCUUAAAAUAAUGUCCCCAUAUUGCUGUUCUGAUGCUUGGAUUAGUCUACACUGAAUCCCGUAGAGAUAUGAAGCCCAAGGUAGCUGUGAUGAAGGUUUGGACACAAUCCAAGCAGUAGGCACUUUCUCUGAAGCUAGAUCCCACCCUAGAUCCAGUGGGAGGGAAGUCUUGGGGCCUGAUCCAUGCAACUGAGCGAAAACAAAACAAAUGUGUCCUAUCCUGUGUCUCAGGGUUUUUGCUGCAGAUGUUUUAUCUUGGACUGACUCUGUUUCUAUGUUAGAUACUAAGGGCUUGCAAAAUGUCCUGCUGGGCAGAUGGAUAAAGAGGCAAAUGUUUGUGAUUAACUCACUAAUCUAGCCUGAACUUUGCUCCUGUGCAAGCCUUACACAAACAAUAGUCCUUUUGGAGCUAUUCUGGCUUAAUCAGCACAGUUGAGAGUUGUGUGCAGGUUUAUACCCUUACUUAUUUAGUUACACCAAUGACCUUACAGCGUUGUACACGUAGACAAUGAAAUAGCCUUUUUCUGACCUAAAUCAGGGCUUUUCCUUCCCAGCCAUGAAAAAUCUGAGGCACUUCUCCCCAGGAGACUGAGCCCUUACUGAUGUCUUGGUUGUUAUCUGGCCUAACAAAUAAGUCUUGAUUCCUACCACAGGUGAUCUUAGGUUAGUGAAAACUGUUAUAGCCCAGCUGCUGGCUUAGGGAAAGCUCAUUUUAAUUCCUACCCUCAAAACUAGAGACAAAGGAACCCCUGAUUGUCCAGACCCUGUCCAACAUCCAAAUAAACCUGUUUCCUACUCUGCUGCUUUCAAAAGCUACAUGUAGAUCAGGCUGAUUGAGAUAAACAAGCAAGCAUGCAAACUAUUAUGCAUUUUCACAGUAGGUCUCUUUCCACAGGUUGAGUUGUCAGUACUUUACACUGGUUUUCAAAUGAAAUGUCUUUUUUGCUUUCAUUUAAGGUUUUGCAUUCAUUUUCCAAGGUUUUAUUUUUAGAUAUGGAAUGGUGAGGGCCCUGUUUCCCGCCUCUGUAUUUCUCAUCUGGUGUGGUCCUCCUAGGUGUAGAAGCCACUAUAUUUGUAUCUUUUUUCAUUUUUUUCUUCAGUGUAUGUGGUAACAUUUUAAAUCACCACCAUGUUGGAAAAGCUGUGUAAUUUCCCCUAAACUGACAAACUUGGAAAUGCUGGAAGACUCCAAAAAACAAAAGAAAUA